GACUGUCCCGGCGGUCUGGAGUGGAACGAUAUCAAGAAGGAAUGCGAUUGGCCCGUCAACUCUACCUGUCCCACCACACGACCCACUCGCCCAACUCGACCGACUCGCCCUACCCGACCGUCCAGACCGACCCGACCCCGUCCCACACCACCCGCACCCACAACAACACCAGCACCGGCCGGGUUCAAGUGCCCGCGCGAGGACAUCGUAAACACCCUGUGCAGAGGUCCCAAAGAUUGCCUGUACCAGAACAACGAUAAUUGUAACACGUUCAUCCAGUGUACGGUUGACCCUGGUAACCAGUCAGGCACUCCAGUAGUGAUGCCCUGUCCGGCUGGACUCAAGUGGAAUGAUAAUGGUAAAAUAUGCGACUGGCCCGCCAACGCCACGUGCCACACUAAAAUAUAUGAUGGUUGA